AUGGCGGAUCGCGCCGAGAUGUUCUCGCUCUCCACCUUCCACUCGCUCUCCCCGCCCGGCUGCCGACCACCCCAGGACAUCAGCCUGGAGGAGUUUGAUGACGAGGACCUGUCGGAGAUCACGGAUGAUUGCGGCAUCGGCCUCAACUACGACUCAGACCACUACGAGAAGGACUGCCUGGUGCUGGAGCGCGGGGAGCAGCCGCACCCCGUGUGCACCUUCCAGGACGACUUCCAGGAGUUCGAGAUGAUCGAUGACAAUGACGACGACGACGACGAGGAAGAGGAGGAGGAGGAGGAGGAAGGCAACGAGCUGGAGGCGCCGCCGUCCCCUUCAGCCUCGCCCAUCCCCUCGCCAGCCCUGGAGGAGAUGCAGAAGCACCGGCCCACCACCCUGAACCUGACAGCCCCGGGCACACAGGAUUCCCUGAACAACAACGGUGGCUUUGCUCCUGCCGCACCCCGGCCCAGCUGGCAGGAUGCUCUCCUCCACUCCUCCUCCUCCGCCUCUUCCUCACACACCGGUGAGCGGCAGCAGUGGGACAGUGACACUGGACACUCGUCCCCCCACGCCUGCAUCCUGGACGGACCCUGCCUGGAGAGCCCGCCGGGCCCCGGGGGGGCCCCCCCCUCGCUGCCGCCCUCCCCCCUGGACUCGCAAGGCAACAGCCCCGAGUCCCUCGCACAUGGUAACCCAUCGCCCCCGAGAGCCGCGCCCGAUUUUAACAUGAACCUCAUCUCCGCUGCGCUCCGAGCUCCGCUCUCCCCGCUGCGCCCCCGCCAGCCGCCCCCGCCUCACCCCUGUCUCUCUCCAACAGGACCCGCCGCUCCCCCCGGCGCCCCCGACGCCGCCCCCCCGCCCCAGGCCGCCCCCCAGGCCCCCACGCAGCCCCAGGGGGGCGGCAGCCCAGGGUCCCCCCGCCCGCAGCCGCGGUUGCAGUCCCGGCCGGAGCGGGAUGGGGUUCCCGCGGAGCCGCUCAGCUCUGACGGGGAGGGUCCCCAGUCCGGCCGGGCCGCCAGCGUGCGCGGCCACCCCUCGGGCUCCUCUGAGACCACCUCGCCCUCCUCGGACCCGGGCAUCGAGGCCGACCUCACGAGCCGCACGGCCAAACCCUUCCUGCCUGGCGGGCGGCGCGGGGAUGAGCUGAGCUCGCCCGGCUCUGACUCGGACGUGGAUGGGGAGCUCGAGGCGGCUUUUGCCGGCGGGCGCCUGGUCAGCAACAUGAUCUCGUCCAUCUCGGAGACCGAGCUGGACCUGAGCAGCGACAGCAGCAGCGGCCGCUCGUCGCACCUGACCAACUCCAUUGAGGAGGCCAGUUCGCCUGGCUCUGAGGGUGAGCUGGAGCACGAGCUGGAGGCGCCCGGCCUGCUGGGCAUCAAGGACUCGCUGCUGCUCGACAAGGGCAAGGAGGACGAGGAGGAGCCGGCCGAGAGGGGCCCGCCGGACGCCAGCCCCCUGGACCUGAAGAUUGACCCCGACCACAGCCUGGAGAGUAUCCGCCGCUCCUUCUACCUGCCUGUGGGACCCAAGCUGAUGCCCGAGGCGGACGAGGAGGACAACAGCGAGUAUGACUCUGACUCGGAGUCAGAGCCCGACCUGAGUGAGGACUCGGACUCACCAUGGCUGCUCAGCAAUCUGGUGAACAAGAUGAUCUCGGAGGGCUCAUACCCCAUCAAGUGUCCGGACGAGUGCUUCCAGAACAGCCACUCACUGUGUGACACCAUCUCGCCUGCCUCUGACCUGGAGCCUGAGAUCCUGAGCGAGGCUUUGGAUGAGGAGCCGGGCCCGCGGGACACGCCGGUAGCGCUGGGGGAAGCGGCAGCGGUGCCAGAGCGGUGCCAGCGUGGUGCCAUCGAGCUGGUGGACAUGGAGACGCUGCGCAGCUCCCUGGCUGAGGCCGAGCAUGUGGCUAUGGAGCCGCCACCGGAGCCGCCGGCCGAGGAGCCGGGGCCUUUCCUGUUCCUCAGCAACCCCACCAAUGACACCAUCGCGCCUGUGUGCCCCGGCCGCCCCGUCACCCUUGGCUGCCUGGAUGCCUCCGAGGUCCUGGCCACCUUGGGCUGCCACCCAGUGGCCCCAUCGCGGGUGUCCCCUGGCAACGAGCCUGCUGUCACCGUCUGGGACCACAGCCCCGCCAGCCCCCAGUGCUGGGCCCUCGAUGGGGACCUGGACUCGAGCGUGCUGGAGGCUGAUUCCAUGAUCGACGAUGUCCGGUUAGUGCCCAGCGCCGACCCCGCCGCGCUGGACGUGUCCACGGCCAAGACCAACCGCGGCUUCGCCAUGGCCUUGGAGGAGGCAGAGCUGCCCUUUGCGGCCCCGUGUCGGGGCAGCCCAGCUGGGGAGGCGCCGGUGCCGCAGGAGCUGGACGAGUCUCUGGCCUAUGACUCAGUCAAGUACACGCUGGUGGUGGACGAGCACACGCAGCUGGAGCUGGUCAGCCUGCGGCGCUGCACGUCUGUGCUCAGCGAUGACAGCGACAUCCUGAGAGCCUGCGAUGAUGAGGUGGCCUUUGGGGACGGGCUGGUGGCCCCCGACACGCGCAGCUCCUCCGAGGACUCGUCCCCCGAGGCCGACCUGCAGUUCUCUAAGAAGUUUCUCAAUGUCUUCGUCAACAGCACCUCACGCUCCUCCAGCACAGAGUCCUUUGGGCUAUUCUCCUGCAUGGUGAAUGGCGAGGAGCGGGAGCAGACCCACCGUGCUGUCUUCAGGUUCAUCCCGCGCCACGAGGACGAGCUGGAGCUGGAUGUGGAUGAUCCCAUCCUGGUGGAGCUGGAGGAGGAUGAUUACUGGUACCGGGGCUACAACAUGCGGACGGGCGAGCGCGGCAUCUUCCCCGCCUUCUACGCCCACGAGGUGGUGGGGCAGGCCCGCGAUGCCAUCGGCCUGAAGAGGAACCCAUGCUGGGUGGAGCGGUUCAACGUGCAGUUCCUGGGCUCUGUGGAGGUCCCGUACCACCAGGGCAACGGGAUCCUGUGUGCGGCCAUGCAGAAGAUCGCCACCACCAGGAAGCUGACGGUGCACCUGCGGCCCCCGGCCAGCUGUGACCUGGAGGUGACACUGCAGGGCAUCAAACUCAUCCUGACCGUCACCGAGUACAGCCCCGAGCACGAGCGCUGCAGCCACUUCUUCCAGAUGAAGAACAUCUCCUUCUGUGGGUGCCACCCCCGGAACAGCUGCUAUUUCGGGUUCAUCACCAAGCACCCGGUGCUGAGCCGCUUCGCCUGCCACGUGUUCGUGUCCCAGGAGUCCAUGAGACACGUGGCCGAGUGUGUCGGCCGAGCGUUUCAGGAAUAUUACCAGGAGCACCUGGAGUACGCCUGCCCCACAGAGGACAUCUACCUGGAGUAG